AAACACCAACUGCUUAGGUCAUCAAUGUGCGACUUUACUUACUAACACUGAACGGGGCGUUUGUUGUGUUUAGUUCGCCGUAAAUAUGGAUAAAAUACCGGAGACAGAUAGCCUUGAAAUGCGCAUCGAGGCACUGGAGAACCGAAUAAAUGGAGAAAGAAGAAUUAGAAGUGGGAAACCAGUUAAGUGUGCCGAGUCUUUGACCAGGGUUCAGUCUGCUCUGACCAACACAGCCAACAAGAGAGAGCGAGUAAAGAUCCUGCACAAAAAAAUUGAAGACUUGAUGAAGUAUCUGGACCCCCAGUUCACCGAUCACAUCACUGUACCAGACACAAUGAAACUGGAGUUCAUCCUUGCUGAGGAGGACUUCUUGCUCUCUCAGGCUGCUAUGCUGGAGCAGGUCAACACCAUGCAGCCACUGCUAGACAGCACCUACAUCCGAGAUGUGCCGGAACACGCAACCAAACUGCAUCGUCUGUCACAAAUUCACAUUAAAGAACAGGACCAAACUGAGGCUCAGUCACAGGAAGUGAAGAAACUUUUUGAAGAAUACAACAAAAUGAUGUUCCUGCUGUCCAAGCAGUUCACCCAGUGGGACGAGACCCUGAGGACGAUGGAGGAGGCCAAAGGAAUUCGACCUGUGGAGUAGUUACUGCACUGUAACACAAACGUCUGUGAUUGGAUUAGAGAUGAAGAACCCUGGACCACAGACAAAACUCUGUCAGACUUGUAUUUUAUUUUCCUUCCUGUAUUCUAAUAUGUUAAAAGAAAAAAACUUGCAUAGAACCACAAUUAAAUGAAGUCAGUUAAGAAUAUUCCGAUAAAUUAAAAAGCAUACUUUUUUUGAGUCCAUCAUA